AUGAAAGCUUCUUUAUAUGGUUUCUUCAGGUUAUUCGCUCGUCUCUCCUCUCCUUCCUCCUUUUAUUUCAGUCUUACCCUUUCCUCCAUCCUCUGUUCUUUUUCUCUCCUCUCCCUCCCUCUGUUCUUUUUCUCUCCUCUCCCUCCCUCUGUUCUUUUUCUCCUCUCCUCCACUUUCUCUCUCUCCCCUACUUUUCUCUCUCUCUCCCUCCCUUGUUAUUUACUUUCCUCUCUCUCCUCCCUCUCUCCUUUUCUUUCCUUUCUCUCCCUCCUCUCUGUUCUUUUUUUCUCUCCUCCCUCUCUUUUUUUCUCUCUCCUCCCCUCUCUAAUUUUUUUCUUUCCUCUCUCUCUCUCUCUACUUUUCUUUUUUCUCUCUCUCUCUCCCUCUCUUUCCUUUCUCCUCUCUCUCCUCUUUUUUUUCUUUUCUCUCUCUCCCUUUCUUUACUCCUUCUCUUUCUCUCUCUCUCUCUUCUCUCCUCUCUUUUUUCUCUUUUUUCUCUCUCUUUUUCUCUUUCCUCUCUUUUCUCUCAGUCUUCUCUUUCUCUCUCUCUCUCCUCUUUCUCUUUUCUCUUUCUCUCUCUCUCUCUCUCCUCUCUAUUUUCUUCUCUUUCUCUCUCUCUCCUUUUUCUCCUCUUUUUCUUUCCUCUCUCUCUCUCCCUCUCUCUCUCUUUCUCUCUCUCUCUCUCUCUCCUCUUUCUCUUUUUCUCUCUCUCUCUCUCUCCCUCUCUCUCUUUUUUCUCUCUCUCUCUCCCUCUCUCUCUUUCUUUCCCUCUCUUUCUUUCUCUCUCUCUUUUCUUUCUCUCUCUCUCUCUCUCCCUCUCUUUCUUUUUUCUUUCUCUCUCUCUCUCCCUUUCUCUUCUUUUUUUUCUCUCUCUCUUUCUCUCUCUCUCUCUCUCUCUCUCUUUCUCUUUCCUCUCUCUCUCUCCCUCCCUCUUUCCUUUUUCUUUCUCUCCUUUUUCUCCCUCUCUCUUUUCUUUCUCUCUCUCUCUUUCUCCCUCUCUACUUUUCCUUUCCUUUCCUCUUCCUCACACCUUCUUUUUCUCCGUUUUCUCUCCUCUCCCCACCUCUUUUUUCUCCGUUUUCUCUCCUCUCCCCCUAG